UUUAAGCACAUCAAAUUUUUGAAUAAAUAAUAUUUAUGAAUUUGACUUUUUGUAUAAGAAAUUUAGAAAAUGUCUACAGAAGCUUGUUGUUAUCGAUGACACAUUAAAGAUACUUGGAAUAACGACAAAUUACCAGAAAUUAAGUAAAAGAACAAUAUGGAUUAUUUUUGGAUGGUUUGUAAUAGUUUCGUUAUUAAACUAUUGUGAAUAUGUACGGUGGCGAGAUAGGGAUGAUGCUCUAAAGUCUAUUUGUGCAACACUUAUGUUCAAUUAUUGCGUCGAUAUCAACAUUAUUGACGACUUGAUAUUUGCAAUUAUUCUUGGAUAUUUAGGAUUGAAAUUUGAUCAAAUCAACGAAUAUCUUCACAAAUUAACAACAGAGAAUGUGCAUGGAAUAAAGCGAGCUUGGGAAAGUCCUAUACAACAAUGCAAAUUUUCGGUUGUUUCAAAUAGUAAACAUAUGAUAUGGAUAAUAAUGCAUCUUCAUCUAGAAUUACAAAAAAUAUCUCACGAAAUAAACUCAGCAUUCGAAAUACAAAUGGCUUGGAAGAUGAUAUGUUAUUUCGGUUUUAUAGCCGAGUUCUUCCGUGAACUUUUCACUGCGAUAUUCAUCAGAAAUUACGUCAUUAAUAAAAAAAUCUUAUUCAUCUUUAUAAUAACAUUAUGGCUCCUUUGGUAUAUCAUUAGAGUUUUUCUGAUUAAUUAUAUGUGCGAGAGAGUUAGUGCAAAGGCAAAUGCAACAGGCAAAAUUAUAAGUAAAAUAUUAAAUUUCUCUCACGAUGCAGAAAUACGUGAAAAUAUCUUACAAUGUUUAUUGCGAGUAACACAAGCGCCACUCAGAUUUUAUGGACUUAGAUUUUUUCAAUUUGGAUAUAAAUUCCUUUACAGGGUGCGUUUAUUAAUUAAUUAUUAUCCACGAAAUAGCUACAUACACAAUGACUAUUUAAAACCCGAUUAUUAAUCUUUUUUUUAGUACACCGAAGCUAUUCUGACAUUUAUAAUUAUAUUAAUA